UCCUUUUCUUUAUAUCCCUUUCCAUCCCAUCUCUACUUCUAUCUUCCUCUUCAUCUCUAUCUUCUUAUCCAUCUGUGUGUGCUCUUCCACACCUCUUCAACAUACCCAUUAGACACCAAAAUGUGAUUGCUAGUAAAUAUAUACCUAUUCUUGAGCGAUGAAGCCAUACUAACUUUUAUAGAUAUAUUAAAAAAAUAGUUGAUCCCUAAUAGCGAGCAGACCAGUCUAAGACAGUGUGUGAAACGUGAUGGGAAAGGAAUCUGCGCAUAGCGUUCAAGAAAUCAGUGGUUUGACCACUAGUGUAGAAUUAAUUUAAAAAUAAUGAAGCACACAAUUUUAAAAAACAUUCUUCUACAGUUUAGACUGACUAAAAUGGCUUUUGAAGAGCAAAAGAGUCAUAUUCAAAGACUGAAUUCAAUGGAUUAGAAGAGCGUGUGUUGCACCAACUAGAUUGAUAUUGACCAAUGGCCAAUAGCCACGUGUCAUGAAGAUUUGGGAUAAAAUAAGGAGCGACCUUCCACUGAAGCGAAGAAAUCCAGAGAGAGAAGGCAUUGCUGCAGCACCAACACAAGAAAAGAGAAGGGAUGGCUUCUGCAUUCGCAUCACAUUCCUUCAUUGCUCCUCUCCACUCACACAAGACUGCCUCCACUGCCCAUUCUCACAAAUUUCCUACCUCCAUAAGCUUUUGCAACAAGAUAAUUAGAGGCAGGGGCAGGGGCAGCGGCAGGGGCACAAAUAGGGGGGGUUCUUUUUUCACUGUUUGUUUGGCAUCAGAUCCACAGCAGCUGAAACAGGCAGGCCAAGACAUCCGCAAUCUCAUAAAAUCUACUCGCUGUAAUCCAAUUCUUAUAAGAUUGGGAUGGCAUGAUUCUGGCACAUAUGACAAGAGCAUUCAAGAAUGGCCCAAGUGUGGUGGGGCCAAUGGAAGCUUGCGAUUUGAGAUAGAACUAAACUACACAGCAAAUGCUGGUCUCAUAAAUGCUUUAAAGCUCUUGCAGCCCAUCAAGGACAAAUAUACAAAUAUUACAUAUGCAGAUUUGUUCCAGUUAGCGAGUGCCACAGCCAUUGAGGAUGCUGGAGGCCCUGAAAUUCCUAUGAAAUAUGGGCGAGUAGAUGCACCACGACCUGAAGAUUGUCCACCAGAAGGGAAACUUCCAGAUGCUGGUCCUCCAUCACCUGCAGAUCAUCUGCGAGAUGUCUUCUACAGAAUGGGAUUAACAGAUAAGGAAAUUGUUGCAUUGUCUGGUGCACACACCCUUGGAAGGUCUAGGCCAGAACGUAGUGGCUGGGGCAAGCCUGAAACCAAAUACACAAAAGAUGGUCCUGGGGCACCAGGAGGUCAAUCGUGGACAGUAGAGUGGCUUAAAUUUGAUAAUUCUUAUUUCAAGGACAUAAAAGAGAGGAGGGAUCUCGAUCUUCUAGUAUUGCCAACUGAUGCUGUUCUUUUUGAAGAUCCUGGUUUCAAGGUAUAUGCUGAGAAAUAUGCAGUUGAUCAGGAUGCAUUUUUCAAGGACUAUGCAGAGGCUCAUGCAAAACUUAGUAACCUUGGUGCCAAGUUUGAUCCUCCUGAUGGGAUUUCUAUUGCAGAUGGUCGUGAAACACCAGUUGGGGAAAAGUUUGUAGCUGCCAAAUACUCCACUGGGGGAAGUGAAAGCAGUGCUUAGACCAUCAUCCUAUGUGAAUUUUUAUUCCACAAGAUUUCCAAGGAACUAAUAAUAGGUAAAGUUAAUAAGGAGAUACAAGUAUAGGGGAAUGACCCCUCAUAUUUGAGUGCAGAAGGAGAUAUCUGAUUCAAUGAAGGCGAAAAUGCGUGCUGAAUAUCUAGCUGUUGGAGGGAGCCCAGAUAAGCCUCUUCAAUCUAAUUAUUUUCUCAAUAUAAUUAUUUUCAUAGGGGUUCUGGCAGUUUUGUCAUACCUGUACGGUAAUUGAAUGGCAGUGUAUUUCUCCCAGUCAAAGUGAGGAAGUGCCUUUUUGGAAGUUGCAAUGUUAUUAUUACAGUCUAAAGAACAACGUCAUUAAGUGCAUGUUUUAUGGACAUGAUAUUUGUGGUUAUUACUAUGCAUUUGCAUGUGGAAGAUUCACUCUCUUUGCAUCAUGCUUUUUGAAAUAAUAUUACAUGUUUCAGGGAAUGAAGCGCUAGAGUAUUUCAAUUUAUGGUCAAUGAAAUCUUUAUGUAUUGACCACCAAAUGAAUUUGUUGAUCCUAAUCCAUGGAUUGGGAAAUAUAUCAAAGUUACCUCUCUGUAAUUGAAAUACUUUCAUAUGCAAGUCAUAUUUUCAUGUUAACCAUUA